CUUAACACAGAGCGAAACCAAUAAAAGUAGUUAUUAGUUAUAAUCCUUUGGGAGCAUCAAUUUUUUAAGUUUAAAUCAAAACACACUCGUGUAAACAUGUGAGUAUGUAUGAUUCAAGCAGACAAAAUUAUGUUUUGAUAUCCAACUUUGUGCAAAGUCAGUAAGUCAACGCUCUCCCUAGCUUUGUUUCCCAUCUUCGUUAUCCAUCCAUCAUACAUGAGUCAUGACCAUAAUAAUUUAAUACUAACAACCUUCAAUCUCCUCGAAGAAAGAGCACAAAAACAAACAAGAAGAAGAAAAUGGGGUUUUCUUCCACAAAUCUAUUACCACUUACAUCAUUUUUAUUAUUUAUCACACUUUCUUGUCCAAGUAAUUUCCGCCCCGCCCAAGCUCAGGCCUUCCCCUGCCGCCGCGCCGGCGCCACCUGCCACGCCCUCAUCGACUACGUCUCCCCCAACGCCACCACCCUCUCCGCCGUCGCCGCCCUCUUCUCCGCCCCCGACCACCGUCCCCUCCUCGGCCCAAACAACCUCCCCCCCACCACUCCGCCUAACUUCCCCGUCGCCGCCCGCCAACCAAUCAUCAUCCCUUUCCCCUGCUCCUGCGCCUCCAACGGCACGGGGACGUCCGCCGGCCGGCCCGUCUACACGGUGGUUCCCGGCGACGGGCUCUACCACAUCGCGGCGGAGGUGUUCGCCGGCCUCGUGACUUUCCGGCAGAUCGCGGCCGCCAACAACAUCAGCGACCCGGACCGGAUCUUGGUGGGCCAGGAUCUGGUGAUACCGCUGCCGUGCGGGUGCGAUGACGUGGAGGGGCGGCGGGUGGUGCACUACGGCCACGUGGCGGCGCAGGGGAGCACGGUGGAGGGGAUCGCCGCCCGCUACAACUCGUCGGCCGACACACUGCUGAGACUCAACGGGUUGAACAGCUCACGGGAUCUCGUCGCCGGGACUGUUGUUGAUGUUCCGCUUACACCUUGUUCUUCGGUGGUGAACAGUAGCUCACCGGACUACCCUUUACUCGUUCCAAACGGCACCUAUCAACUCACAGCAAACAACUGCAUUCUCUGCAGGUGUAAUGCAGCAUUAAGUUCCAUGUUACAAUGCGAACCGAACUCGACUUGUACUGCCCCAAUCCGUUGUGAGGGCUCGGGAGACUUGUUUCUUGGGAACACGACAACCUCAGGUUGCAAUCGCACAGCAUGCGCGUAUGCCGGUUAUAACAACCGAACCAUUUUCACAAGGCUGGCUUCUGAAUCAACUUGCCCCGCCUCAUCUGGAAUGAGCUUGCAAGGUUGUAGGUGGACUGAGCUUCUCGUCGGCGUUCAAAUCAUCGCCUUUUGUUUACUUUUUCUCUAGUGAGAUGAUUUAUAGCUAUUUAUGUAAGAAGCACUGGACUUUAUUGAUGUUGUCAGAAGCACCUUUCCACACCAAUUUUCUGUUGUUUUUAUUUUCUACUAGUCAUUGUGUGUUUGUUCCCACCUUUGUACAAUAAACAGAUAUGUUAAAUCAUGUAUCCUUAUUUUCCUUUCAUUUUUCAUGCCUGCAAAUAGAAACCCACCAACAGGCAAAAUUUUUUUGACUCUGCAAUGCAUCACUACUGACCAGGUGAUACAUUUUUUCUGAUGAAAAUAAAAAAUUAACAAACAUACCCAAAUGGAAUAGAAUUUACUAUUUCACAUAUGGGGUAAAAUGUGAUCUAAAAAAUACUGCUCAGUUUUCCAAAAUCAUGGCAAAGUAGCACAAAAGGAUACAACCAAGCAAUUUCCUGCACAAGUGCACAGAGACUGAUUAUAUGCUGCAACAAAUACAUAACCCCCAUUUCUAUAACUAUGGACACACAUGUUUUAAACAAUAACAUCUCUCAAGUUCAGUAAAGUCAAAAUCAUCUCAAAGUACUUUCCAGAGCAAUAAAAGUCCGCCAUCGGCAACCAGAGGUAAGAAAGAAGAAGAGUUGCUCUCGAACAACAAAAAUGCAGCCGCAGCAAUUGCAAAAGCACAAGCACGUUAAGUCUAUUUCAUUGGGCUUGCACUAUGAUUGCCUCCCAAACCCAUUUUCUGGCCCAACAGCGCAAGCUGCUCGACAAACUCACCCCCCGUGAGAAUCUCGGAAGUACCAUAGAUGACAUGCUUGGGAGGCUGUUGGCGAUGGACAAGCUCUUGUAAGCUCCCAUACUCCACAUAAUUUCCACCACCAACCAUGAACACAAUAGCCUCUUUAAAAGGCCCUCUCAUGUGGCUGCCCGAGCUCGACUUUGGCGCACGGGGAUCGAAAAUGAGGUACAAGUCAAUUUCAGGAUUAGGCUUCCCCUCCAUUAGAGCAUCGACUGUUCUAGUCAAAGCCAGCUGAUGAUCACUGGACAGUAAAUUCUUCACUCCCGCAGUUACAGCACUAAUUGACUGCCCGUAAAGUUUUUCAGCCCAAUCGACAAUAUUGCUCCUGCUUGCAGAAUUAGCCGACGCUAAGGACACGUUCAGUGCUUUUAUCUUCUUCACAUAUUGGAAGGCACUGGUAUCGACCUCAGAUUCCCUCAGUGCAGUUUCCACAACUUCGAUUUCUGAAGGCGGGAUGCUCUCGGUCGAAAUCAGGUACAUGAUGGCAAAUCGUAAUUUGUCCAUCUUUGUCCCUUUGCCCUUAAGCACGCCAAGAAGCUCAUUACGGUCGAUCCCUCCUCUGAUCAUCAUGUCGCUUUCCUUUUUCGCAAAAGAAUCAAGCGAUCUCUCCUUAAUCUCACCCAACAGUGCAGUUGCGAUGUUGGUGUGCUUGUCAAUCACUUGUUUCCGCUCGGUCAAUUCGGGUAGUGAAUUCACCGCAUUCAUAAGAUGCUUCGUGUUGCCAAUCAAAUCAGUCCCGUCAAACUCGGCCUCACCGCCACCUGUUCGCCUAUUCACCUCCUCAACAUCUCUUUUGUACUUGCUCAACUGCGUCUCAAUCUCGACAGCAACUUCUGGAAACUCGAGUGACCCGUUUGCUGUCCAGAAAGGAUCAGAGCUAUCCAAUUCAAAUGAUUUCAUCCCACCUUUUUCUCCUUUCACGUUCAAUCUAUUCAACCGAAGGCCGAGUAUAUCAUGAACGAGCGGUUUGUACCUGAAGUCGUGUUGAAUGGCAACAGAUAGCUCGAAAUUCCGAUCAAAUAGGCACAAUAUUGGCCUCUGAAAAGUGCUGGUGAAGUUCCCCCCGUCGUUGAACAAAUUGUUCUUCGCCAGCAAAUGGUCCCGCAGUCUCUGGUCCAGCAAGGAUGCCACCAUCUCAGCUGGCCCUCCUCGAGGACACCUAAUAAUGGGCACAACUGCAAGGGUUGCAAGAACACAGAACAACCCUGCAACAAUCUUUUCAAUAAUUUCCUCAAUCUCCUUAUCUCCAGCCGAAGGAUCAUUCAACUGAACAUAACAGUUCUUGUUGGCAAGAGAAAAGAAGUUAUCCUCCAGGGUCACAAACUCCAAAUACUGAUCAUGCACCUUUGCAAUCCUCUGAAUUGAAUCAGAAUUAAUUGUCCCUUUAACAAACNNNNCCUCAAUAAGAGCAACA